AUGCAUGGCUUCCGCUCCGCCCUCUACGCCAUAGUGCCUGCGGUAGGACCGCCACCCCCUCUCCCUGCACUUCCAGCUGCAGAGCCGGCAACAGAGCCAAGCCAGGAGGAGCAGCAAGCCCGAGCAAAUGAGCAAUCUCGAAACGACGCUUUGAAAGCCCGUUUGAAGCAACAAGCCCGCGCGACGACACUCGUGGUCACUUCUACCGAGGCGCGGCCAGACGAAUUAAGUAGCUACAUCGCAAAAGAAGUCAAGUUACCUCAACCCGUGGGUGUGCCGCCGGAACGGUUAGCAGAUCGCGUCGCGGUGUUUGCUGACCUGCACGGCAAGGGCUACUAUCUCAGCUGUGGGGCAAAGUUUGGUGCCGACUUUUUGGCGUAUGCCGGAGAUCCACAACUCUUUCAUGCUGCCCUAGCAGUCGUGGUUGCCGCAUCGGAUGAAGACAUUUCGCCUUUGGAUGUGGUGGCGUUGGGCAGGCUCGGGGAUUCCACCAAGAAGCGCACUGUCCUUGCGUUUCGGGAUGAGGGCGCUGUGCAGUAUAUCGGUGUGCAAUGGGAGGAGACUCUUCCGUAAAGUAUUGUUAUUCUGUUGA